UACGGUCGCCAAAGACCUAGUUUUCUCACUCUUGGAUUUUCUUUUCUUAUUUUUCCUUCAAGUGUGUUAGCAGAAUUCAGCAGAGCACAGAGACAGUCAGAAUCCUUUGGAGAGAAGCAAGUUCACGUCCUGCCUGACUCUUCCCCAUCACAUUGCCACUGUCCUGUUGCCAGUCCCUGCACUGCACAUCUUCCUUCUACUGUAUCAACUGAAGAUCCUGCUGACAUCAAACCACCUCCUACCACAGCAAUCUCAAAGCCUCUGAAUGCAAGUGACUCACUUAAAACCAGUGAAGUAGCGGAAUCCUCAACACCUGUGAACCCUGGGAUCCAGCAGGCCUCCCAGGUAAUCAUACCAUGCUUCAGCAAAAGAGAAGCAGAUGCAUCCCAGACUCAUCACAACAUCAGAAGAGAAACUAAGACUAGGAUCGACCAAGUUAAUGGCCAUGAGAGAAGCCAUCUAGAAUCAGGACAACUCCUCUCACCAGUUUCGCCACCUGCUUGUCCGAAAACAAGUUGGAUCACAGAGGAUGAUUUUUACCUUCCUUCUCCUCCUGAAGAGACAGAAAAAGGCCUUGCCAACUCACACAGUCCCUCACCUGAGAGGCCUUCUGACGGCCAAUCACUGACAGCAAGCAAUACCCUGGAUCAGGGCAAGCUUCAUGUGUCGUCAUUGGAGGCCACGAAACCCAAACUUCGAGAAGCGAGAAUCGAAGGGCUUUAGUGUGGUUCAUCAGAGGCAGAUGGGUAUCUCUAAUCCAUUCCGCGGCCUGCUGAAGCUGGAAACCCUGGAGCGGCGGAGGGCCAUGAGCAUCUGGAAGGAAUUCUUCUGCGAACUCUCACCCCUGGAGCUGCGCCUCUUUGCAGACAGCGAGGAACGGGUGUGCAUGGAGACCUGCUCCCUGCUCCGGUGCGAGUCGCUGGGGGUGGCUCACAGUGAUGGCCGCUUUGAGCUGGUCUUCUCGGGCAAGCGGCUGUGCCUCUGGGCCUCCUCUCAGGAUGAGGCAGAGGACUGGCUGGACCGGCUGCAUGAGGCUCUUCAGAAAUGCAAGCCUCAACAAGAUGAGGACUGGGAGACUCUGGAGUGCCCAGAGGCAAUAGAGGACCUCGAAGUAAACUAUACUACUAAUGGACCAACCAGCAACUUAUCUGCCUUCUUGCAGUGUGGCGGAACUGGUGAAAAUGGGUUGGACUGGACAUGUGCCUUGGCACCUGAGUCUGAUGCCGUCAAAGAGUCUGUUCUGUACCUUGAGACUGAAAGAAUGUGGGCCCCUUUUGUAUUCUCUUUGUCCCUGGAAGCCUUGAAAUGCUUCAGAAGCAGGAACGGUGAAAAAACACUGAGCAACAGCUAUGGGAUUGAGACCAUCCAGGACAUCCUGCCUGAUGUGAGCCUGGGCGGCCCUGCCUUCUUCAAGGUCAUCACCUCAAAAGCGGUGCUGAAGCUAAGGGCCAAAAGUGCAGAGGAGGCAGCUGACUGGAGAGACUUGGUCCGCCGAGUGCUGAUGUCCUACCUUGAAACUGCUGAGGAGGCACUGACACUCGGAGGCAACCUGGACGGGAACUCGCAGACAGUCUUGAAAAACACCGUCAAGGAGAAUGGAUUCCUCCUGCAGUACCUGGUUGCCAUCCCCACAGAGAAAGGACUGGACUGCCAGAGUUUCAUAUGUGCAGAUAGCGGAUGGUCUCUUUGAUACGUUCCUCCAGACUCUGAUUCAGUUUGCCUCUCAUCACGUCUACAAUUGUGACCUCUGUACACAGAGGGGCUUCAUCUGCCAGAUCUGUAACAGCAAUGACAUCAUCUUUCCCUUUGAAUUUGAGACAACGACCAGGUGUAGUGAGUGCAAAACUGUCUUCCACUGCAGCUGCCAGGAAAAUGCCAAUUUCUGUCCCCGCUGCAUCCGCCGGCAGAAAUAUCAGCAGAAGCUGCAAGUAUCUCUUUGAAAAUGACCUCUGGGCGCGCCACUGCUUCAAGUGGAUCAGGCCAAGGCAACCCUGAGGGCACUUGGGAAAGGAUAAGACUAGCAGAGACGUGCGGAGCAGCCGCCCUGCCCUAGUCAUGCGUCACUUUCCACUUGGAGCGCAGUGCGCAGUGAUCACACGAUGCUUCAUCAUCUUCGGCGACCUCAGCUGUUGGGAAGGGAGCUCACAGAGAGCAGGUGGGGAGGACAGGGUGGUGGCUGCUGCUGCUCUGAGAGCCAGGUCCUUUUCUCCUCCCGGCGUGUUCUGCUGCCUUUCCAGAGAGGCGCUUCCUUUUCUCACGUGCUGCAAGAACUGGAUACUUAUGACAUGUGUGAAGCAAGGACUCCCAGGGAGACGAAGCUUUAGUGGACAUUUUGAUGCAAGCCACAAAGAGUAGUUUCGUUUUUCAAUGAACACACUUUGUAGCAAAGUUUGUGUGCCUUCUGCACUUUACAGACUACCCCCCGCCCACAAAUGCCACGUGCCAAAUGUCUGCUGAAUCCUCUGGGAACACAUUCCAUCCUUCCAACUCCUGGUGUCCUCUAAGCACAGUGGCCUUUUUACAACUGAUAAACCACUCUCCUCCUCCUUUUUUUAAUGCAAAGCUAAUGGAUCAAGAGAUGAUUUCUUAUUUUCCUUUUACUCUUCUAUGCAGAUAAAUAAAGUUUAUUUAACAAGGAACUAACCCA